CCCAUUGGACGAGUCUUCGCUGAAACCAAAUCACACACAUAAACACCGAUUACUCACCUCCAGUGGCACUUUGGGUUUGAAGAAGCAGAUCUGAGCAGAGGAGCUGCAGACACCUGGAAGACCUUCAGGAACAGCCAACAUCUUCAGAAAGAAGAUGCCUCUAAAAGCCAUGUUCUUCAUGUUGCUAUGUGUUUGCUGUGUGGACCGAUGUGUGAGUUUCCCCAACGGCUCAGUGGCGUUCUCCUGUGGCAACAUGAUGCCGGUACACCCGCCCUUCACCCCCUCCACCAGCAGCCCACCGUUCACACUGUCCACCUCUAGUGCCACCUACAGGCCAGGUGACGUCAUUACAGUGACGCUGGCGGUGGUGGACAACAGCUCCUCAGAGUUCCAGGGUUUCCUGCUACAGGCCAGGAGCAGAGCACAACAGGCUCUUCUAUGGCCUGUAGGAAAGUUCACCAACAUCAACGCCUCCCAGAUCACUUCACUGCACUGUAAAAACAUAGAGAACUCGACUGUCAGUCAGGCAUCAGGAGACAAGAGGAGGGAAGUCCAGCUGACCUGGGAGGCUCCUAGCAGCAGGAACUAUGGAGAUAUCUACUUCAGCGCCACUCUGGUCCAGGACUACUCCAGGUUCUGGGUGGGUCUGAACAGCAGCUCUCUGAGGCUGGACAGCAGCGGGAACUCUGCAGCCAGAGUCUUCUCCUCCUCCUCCUCAGCUCUGCUCUUCAUCAACCUGCUGAGUGUGUCGGUUUACUGCUGACGCACAAAAACACACACAACUCCCAUCCACGCAGAGCUGCUUUUAGCUGGAGCUUCCUCUUAACCCUCCUGUUGUCCUCAUUUACAGGCACCAAAAAAUAUAGUUUCCUUGUCUGAAAAAAAUCUAAAAAUUCUGCAAAAAAAUUCCCCAAAUUUCUGAAAAUUUGCAAAACCUUCAGGAAGAAAACUGCAAUAAUUCCUUAAAAGUUUCCCUUAAAAGUUUUAUUUAAAAAAAAUCCCCCAAAUUUGGCAAGAAAUUUCUUGUAAAUGUUUUCAAAAAAUGAGUAAAAAUCUUCCAAAAAAAUCCUAAAAAUAUCUAAAGUGAUUCCAUAUAUAUCAGUAAAACUUCUAAUAUUUUCUUUAAGAACAUUCACAUAAAAAUCAACCAAAAUCCAGUGAAAUUUGCUGGAUUUUGAUUGGAGUUUUUUUUUGUGAAUGUUCUUAAACAUUUUUAACAUUUCUUUUUCCCACCAAAAAAUGUUCAAAGAUUUCCCAAAAAUGUUGAAAAUGUGGACAUCAGAAGUUUCACUGUGAAAGUAUAUAUUUUUCUCCACAUUUUCAAACUUUAAAUUUGCAAAAUCUUCAGGAAGAAAAUUCCAAUAAUUCCUUAAAAGUUUGUCCACUUAGAUCCUCUCAGCUGCAGAUGUGAUUUUAUCUAUAUAGUAAACUGGAACAUUUGUAAUAACAACUGUAUUCCUUCAUCUUGGAGCAAAGCUGGACAUAUCUGCAGUGAUUCUUAUCUGUGUUUACAACAAAACCUGUGUAAUAUCACUUAAAUGUCAAAAGAUUCAACAACGGCCUCCCCUCAACAACUGCAUUACUUCUCAGUUGACAUGUAUUUCUUCUGAUGAACGAAAACAAACGCAGGUCCAAAGUAAAGCACCUGAAAUGUAUGAAUCCAGCUAUGAAGGUCCCACAUGUUUGGUACGAACCUGAACCAUCACAGUGAACGCAUCGUCCUGAGGUACGAGUGUCCCAGUAUGGGCCUGAUGCUUCACACUUCACACAGACGUUAUCAGCUGAAAUCUGACUUCUUGUGGCAGUUUAGAUGUUACAUUAUGUCGACCUUUAUAGAUCCAAGAAUCCUACAGUUCUACGGUUUCAUGUAUCAGACGCUUUUACCCAAGGCGACGUACAUCUUAGGAUAGAUCCAACACAAGCAAGGAUCUAGUCAGGAGGAAACAACCUGGAUAAGAGCCAUAAAACAAGUUCAAGAGUUAUAAUAGGAACGUGGCAUCUACAGGCAGUACACGGAAUAGGAUUUUUAGGAUUUAGGAUUUUUAUAUUUUUUUAUUUGCAGUCUGUGAAGUGCAAACAUGUUCAAUGCAUGAAAAAAACUUGUUUGUUUUACCCUACAUAAGUGCAAGAUUAAACUGAAGAACAGGAAAAGAAGUCUGAUGAAUACUUGGAGCCUCAGAUAAAUUAGUUUGUCCUGAGCCACAGUGAACACGUCGUCCUGACAGCGAAGCACAGAUGUAGGAGUCGGGUGGAUCCACAUUCAUUUUAGUGGGGGGGCACAGGGGGGUACAACACAUAAUUUGGGGGGGCACUGAAAAGUUGGAAGAAAAAAUGAAAGCUGCUACCGACCUCUCGCUUUUACAAAGUAUUUUACAUGUUUUUUUGGCUCUUUAACCCAAUAGGAAAGCUGUAUAUGACCUUUUCAUUUUGGACUGUUAACAUUCAAAUUAUGAUGGACUUGUUUCCUUGUUUAUGUAAAUUACAGCAUCAUUAGCUGCAACAUCUGCCUGUUCUGUAAAACUGGUAGCUCAACGACAGCAUCCUGAGGGCAAUUAAGUGACAAAUAUUGUGCAAGAACAGCACUAUUACAACCCUGUCAAUUUCCACUUCUUAGAAUGUUUACUGCCAAUUAUCGCACAUAAAACAAGAAAUAAUAUUCUGUACUUUUAGCAACCAGUUCUCAGCUGUAAACCAUAAACAUCACAGGGUUCUGUAUGCGAAUCAGUCUAAAUCAGAAUGAGUACUACCCACUACACAGUGAACAAUAACAAUCUGUUCCCUUGAUCUGUGGUAAAAUAAUCUGAAAUGUUCUGUGCAGUAAUGUAAGUUUAAAAAUACAAUAAAAUACAAUAAGCAACACUCUAUACAUUUAAUAGUAAACCUGAGAACAAUAAACAGUAGCAAUACUCCAUAU